AUUGUACCUGUAAACAUGGCUGCAGAAUUCGGAGACUUACGUCGGAAAUUGCAAUUAACUCACGAUACAAAUAAUAGCAAUGCACAAAAUGCUAUUAAAGAAAGGCAAACAGAAAGGAGGAGUUAUUACGAUAGAGAAACAGACUCCUAUUUGGAUACAUUAAGAAAAUUACAUGAAGGUAUUCAGCAAAGACGGCUAUUUUCAGAUGACGAAAGUAAAGAAAUUGAGAACAAAAUUGACGAAGUGGUAGCUAUUGGUGAAAAGGGCCUUUAUAAGAAGUACACUGUCGACAGAGCACCUUUGCGAAACAAGUAUUUUUUUGGAGAAGGUUAUACUUAUGGUUCUCAGUUAUUGAAAAAAGGUCCUGGCAUGGAAAAGUUGUAUCCAAAAGGUGAAGUGGAUGAAAUUCCGGAAUGGGUGCAUGACUUGGUGAUAAAACCAUUGGUGAAGGCUAAAAUUGUUUCUGAAGGUUUCAUCAACAGCGUAGCCAUUAAUGAUUAUCAACCUGGUGGGUGCAUUGUAUCUCACAUAGAUCCUGCUCACAUAUUUGAUCGUCCCAUCAUUUCUGUGUCUUUCAUGAGCAACAGUGCCCUUAGCUUUGGUUGCAAGUUUAGCUUCAAGCCAAUUCGUGUCACAGAUCCUAUUUUAUGUUUGCCUGUCUGUAGAGGAUGUGUUACUAUUCUUAGUGGUUAUGCAGCUGAUAACAUAACUCAUUGCAUCCGACCACAAGAUGUCAAAAAGAGACGAGCUGUUAUUAUUCUUCGAAGAGUACUACCAGAUGCUCCUCGUUUAAGCACAGCAGAGUUGGCUUUGAUAUCCCAACCAAAAGUCAUGAGCAUCAAUUCUGAUAUCUUUGAGGAUAUGUUUGAAAGGAAGAGGAGACGGAAAAGCAACAUUGACUACAACCAAUUCCGUAGUAAUUUUGGUGCACAGAAACGUAAGCUGCAAAGUUCAGUGUCUUGGGCAAAUAACUCUGUCAGAAACCAGGAAGAAGAGGAUGAACCAAGAAACAAAUCAUUACGUAAAGAAGAAAAGCAUGCUUCUUCUGGAAACAACCCUUAAAAUCUCAUCUAUGAAUUGCCAUUCUUAAACCACUGAAUUGAAUAUAACUUAUACAAAUAGAGAAAGAAGAGCUAUAUUUUUAAAAAUCUGCUGCUCUUACACCUGUACAUAUACUUGUGCAUAUUUGUAGAUUGUACCAUAAUGACAUUAAACUUCAAAAUGGCUAGGAAGUUUGUACAUAGAAAGGUUAAAUAGUCCUCGAUCAAAAAGUGGCCAUGGUUUUCAAUAAUUUUGAACCCAGUUUUUCUAUAACUAGCAUGUAUAUGAAUGUAAAUAAACAUUAUAUUUCUAUUUUCGGUCACUUUGUAAGUGAGCAUGCAUGCUGUGGCAAUACCUUUUGAUUUCUAUGAAAAAUUAAGGUAUUUGCUUUCUCUCUUUUCUGAAGUAAUAUUUUAAACUACUUCAGGGACUGUGUUCAAAAUGUUGAGGUCAAGUUGAAUUUUUUGGAUGUUAAUGAAUUUCUUGUUGGCAGUUGCGCUUUCAAGAUUUUAAUCGUUUUUCCCAUUGUUGAGUAGUUUUUCCCUGUUGGAUUUAUUAAACCUGUGAUCUUUACCCUUAGUUACUUUGUUUUAACUGGACUCGUGAAAAGUUUCUUUCAGAGAAAAAGUGUAUUUUUACAUUGCGGACGUGAUUUGGAAGAAUCGUGGUGCAAUAUAUGUAAAAUCAAAUUUCAUCCUGAUUAUUAACUACUUAUUCCUGCAAGCCAUUACUAUUUUUAUCUUACUACAAUUCAAAUGCAAAAGCUGUGCAGAGUUCCAAUUUCUAGUCUUGCUAUGUUAACUGUAUUGAUAUGUGUUGAUGUGUGCUAUACAAAUGCAUUAUGUGCAUUGUAGUUUUAUUUUGCUCAAUAUAUACUCAACAAAAAUUUAAAAUUUGGGUCGUUUUUGGUUUCAAUAAUGCCAAUUUAUGAUUUUGUUGCGUUUAAAAAUAUUAUUUCAUACUGGAUAACCCACUAGUAAUCAAGUGAUUUAUGUUUAUGUGUAAUCCAAAUGAAUAGUAAUUAAUAAUAUACAAUAAUGCUACACAUGAUUAAUUACAGUCAAAUUAAAUUAUCAUAUUGAGAUUAUUUAUAUUGUUUGAAUUUGGAUUAUUUAUUGUUUUGGUAUUUAAUCGUAAAAUUUUCCCUAGCAUGUUUUUUUUUUUUUUUUUUUUUUUGUUUAUUUUCCUCUUUAAUUAUAAAUUCUUUCCUUUCUUCAAUUUAGGAAUUAAUCAUUUCAGUACUAAUGGGUUAUCUGAAAUUUAUUUUAAAUGUAUUGUGUACAAAGUAGUUUGUGUAGUUGUAAAUGUUUUUAUGUUCAGUGUUUUAUUUGUGUAGGUAUCAGUCGAAAAUAUUGUGGUAAAUGAGUUGCAAAAAGAGUUCUUAAAAAAUGACUUCAGUGCAGUACUGUAAUGGCAAAUAAUGAGUACUUGCACAACUUAAUGAGUUUUAUGAAUAGUUUCCUCCUUUUUUUGUAUAGUUUCUAUUUUCUGAGAUUUUUUUAGAAUUAAAUGUAGGUGCUUUUUUUUUAUUUAUUUUUAAUAUAAAUGGUAGCUUUUUGGUGAUUUUCCUCCCUACACUUAUGAUUUAUGCUUUGUUUAUUGAUUUAAAUUUUCCUAUGUAUUUAUUUCUUGGAUUGUUAUUAGUAAAUUUUUUCUAUUCUUUUAGAGAUGAUUCUGUAACUGAAGAUUUUCUUAAAGUGAAAAUUAGAUAAUGUGCUUUAAAAUACAACUUUUGUGAUAUUCUUUUUUUUUUUUUUUUAUGAUAGUCAUUUUGUGUCAAAAAUUAAAAUGCAAUGUUUUGAAACUUUAAAAAUUUUUUAGUGAAUGUAAUUAAAUUUAUU